AGGAAUGUGGAGACCAGCAGCUACGUCACCCACAAAACUGCCCGGGGUGUCGUAAAUGAAAAAACUUUUUUUACAGACUUUACAUAAUUAAACCCACCAUUACAGUAAGUUUAUUGUAUAAAAUACUUACUUAAAUUGCUAUAUUUAACUCGUACAAUUGUAAGGGAUGGUAUAUAUUUGUUUUAAAUGUUUUUUUUUUAAGCGAACGCCACUCGUUAGCAAGUUAACGGCUUCGGGACAUAAUUAGCUUUGGGGGGUUUAAGGAGAAAAAAGGGCAAGAAGUCGCGAUAUUAUAUGUUUAGAUGGAAAACUAAGUGUUAGUGAGUGUGGAUGAAACAGGUUCGGGCUUGUUUUACAUUGUUUGGGUAGCGGACCAGGCUGAGGUUUUCAAAAAAGGAGAUUCAGAAACAUGAUACCGACUGAUUAGCCGCUGCUAGCCCUAACACCACCCUCUUUAACACACUUAAAGGGACGCCCGUCUCCGUCUCCAUGGUAACAAGCCGUUGACGCUUUCCGCUGCAUGUAAAGGGGAGGUGUGGGCGGAGAGGAGAGGAGAUCUCACCAAGGGAAGGAUGCCAUUUCACGAUGGAGUCUACUACCCCUACAGCAGUGACACCCAGGGGACCCGCUCAUCAUCAGGGAUCCCAUCCCUCCUGAAUUCCCCGCACUCCGCAAACCAUCAACCAGGCAUGACUUCCGCCGCUUUCCUGUCCUUCAAGUUCCGCCCGCGCAGGGAGAAUGUGGACUGGCGCCGCAUCAACGCCGUGGACGUGGACCUGGUGGUGAGCCAGCUUGACGUGGACGCCUUGCAGGAGCACAUCGGCGCGGUGACCUUCUGCAGCUUGGAUGGGGAGCGCUGCCAGCGGUGCCAGAGCCCCGUGGACCCGGCCCUGAUCAAGCUGCUACGACUGUCCCAGCUCACGGUAGAGUGGCUCCUCCACUGCCAGGAGUUCCUCAGCCUCAACCUGCGGGAGGUGGAGGAGCGGCUGGCGGCGGCCGGCGGAGAGCGGGAGCAGCUGCUGGCUCAGCUCCGGAAGCAGGAGGAGAAGGCGAAGGCGCUGAUGGCUGAGCUCAAACAGAGGAAGAAGGUCAUACGCACCCAACAAUCCCUGCUUGCUCCACGAAUCAUCAGCAGUCACAAGUGUCUACACUGCGAAAAGUCCUUCCUCAACUCCUCUUUUCUUCAUAACCACAUGCAGCGCCGGCAUCCUGAUGAGUACCAGAUCCAGCUGCAGUCUGACAGUGAGAAGAAAUCUCAGAUUGAUAGUCUCAAAAUGGAGAUUAGCAGUCUGAAGGAGCAGAUAACUCAACAGCAACAGACUCUGCAAGUCAAAAUUGCUCAGGAACAGGAACAGCAGUCCAUGCAAAAAGAGCUGCUGCGAGAACUGGAGCGUUUCAAGGCGGAGGAGAGGGCACGCAUGGACCGGAAGAUAGAGGACAGCCGGGACGGCAUGCGGAGGGAGAUGGAGUUCCUCUACAACCGAAACAUUCAAGCUCUCACUGAAGUGAAUCAGAAUCAGACCACGAAACCAGGCAGCCCGGUCAGCUCUCAGCCAGAAAGAGAUCUGGACAUUUAUAAAGAGAUGAAUCUACAGGCCUUCCGUAAGCUGGAGCAACAGAUGAAGAGACAGGAUAAAAAAUGGGAAUCCAGGCUGCAGGAACUCAAGGCUCAACACGAAUCUGAAAAGAACCAGUUGCUGAACGAUCUGAGCAGAAUGCAGACGGAGCACCAGGAGCUCAGCCAGCGGCUGCAGCAGGAAAUGGGCCGGAAGCUGCAGGAGAAGGAGCAGACCAUCAAGGCUCAGAGGGAGCAGAUAAAGACCAUUUCCUCCAAUCCACCCACCAAGGUGGUGGAAACACCCGUCAGCGGACCAGCCCCAGAGCCCAAACCAAAGAGGGUCGUUCUCGAGGAGCCGGUCUCUGCUCUAAAGCUGGAGCCCAUACAGGAGCUGUCAGAGGAGGAGAGAGACUCCAGCUUCUCUGAGAGGAAGCCGCUGACCAGCAAGCAAGUGACCGAGACGGCUAAGAAACCGAAAGUAAGCGCCAGUGUGGUGAAAAAGAAUCCCGUCAUCAAGAAGGAGAUGCGAUCAGAGCUGGAGCGCUCUGUAAUCAAGAAGCUGGAGAGCCUGGGGGUUAAACCUGACCAGAGAAGUUUGACCAACAAGGAGCUGAACUCUUUCCUGGCCAAGGUACAUUCAAAGCAGGAGGCUGUUGCUAAGGCCAUGCCAGACUACUGGCAUUGUUGGGAGGAGAUGGCAAACGUUGUGGAGCAGAAGGUGUCUGGACAGGGGAGAGACAGAGAAGCUGCUGCAGAUUUCCAGACCAGAGCCAAACAACCUGUUCAAGUGAUGCAGGUUCGUCCUCGCUCCAGCAGCCUGCCCUCCAAAGCCAGCCAGGCGGCAUCAGCGGCAAACAUCAAACAGCCCAGGACACCACAGCCAGCGCCGCGGACAAAAGGCUUCACCCACCCUAAGACCUCCACCCCCAACAUGAAACCUGCUGGGAGGAUUAGUUCAAACAGAACUCCGCCAUUUAGUUCAGAGGAGGAAGAGUCUGAGAUGGAGGAGGAGCCAGAGCAGAGGGUAAAUUCAUUGAAGCUCAAAUCAAACCAAGCAGCUCCAGUGGAAAUCAGAUCCAGCAGAGCUACCCCGGUCCUGUCCAGACAGACAGCAGUCAGCCAGUUCUCCUCUAAACCAUCGGUGGGCAGCGUGAAAACGCAAGGAAACGCAAAGACGGAGAGCGAGGAAGAUGAGUGGUCGGACGUCAGUGAAAUGAUGGAACCUGAGCCGAGAAAGCUGCAAGGUUUUAAAGACCAGAACGGUAACAUUGAUAAAGGAAACAAAGAUAAAGAUAAAGUCUUUAAGUUGGUCAGAAAGGUUGAAACGCAGCUGGCAGAGAGAGGAGUGAAGAAACCAGCAGGGGGCGUCAGCGUCCUACCAGGGAGACAGGAUGAGGUUCAGGAGCUUUCUUUUACAGAUCUAGAGGAGAGCAGCGAUUGGGUGGUCUCCUCCUUAGAGGACAAACAUGAAGCGUCUAAGCCAGCACCUCUCCGUGGCUCUGGACCUCUGAAGAAGAGCCUGGACUCAUCCAGCACCAGCGUCUGGGGAAGUUCUACCGGAAAAGGCCCCAAAUCAGCAGGUCUGACAGAAGCUGGAACAGGAAGCACUUUGAAGAGCAGCUCGUUCUCCAUCAGUGACCUCAGCGACUCCGAGGAUAUAAGCAAUAAUUAACAGCAGAGCGGCGAACGUAGCACAGAAAGCUCCCCUCACAUCUCCAGCCAAUGCCAAAGAGCUUUUAUUAUUUAUUCUAUUGACUUUGUACCUAAAUGAGAAGAAGCAAUACAAUAAAUGACAAAACAUGCUUAUAUUGUUCAUGUUUUAGUGAGUAACUAGAUGAUGGCUUCUUCUUCUAAGGUGCUUUUCAUGCCUUGGUUGUUUUUUAUUUUGCCUUAGAUCUUUUCAGACUUCAUUUCUACCAGGUUUUGUACAUCAAAUUUUGUAUUGAUCUAAAACUGAUAUUGAUUCAUUAAAUAAAAAC